CCAUGGGAGAGGAACGGCGCUGAGCUCCGCGCCGCCGCCGCCGCCUCCGCCGGGGGAGGGCGGGUACCCGUCCGUUAAGGCAGGGCGCCUCCGCGGAGGUGUGUGUGUGUGAUGGUGCGGGCAUGGCGGGGCAGCCAGCGGCCGCGGCGCUGCUGAGGCGGGGGGCGGCUGGUCCCGGCCCCGGUGGCGGCAGCAGCAGCAGCCGGCGGGGGCUGCCUCCUUCUCCCGCCCGCCCGGCGGCCGCCUCCCACCGCCCCGGCCGGCGCUGAGGGAAGGAGGGAGCGCUUCUCCUCGCUUCGCCGUGCCGCCUCGCCGCCGCCGCCGCCAUGCUGCCCGGGGUGGGGGUGUUCGGCACCGGCCUGACGGCGCGGGUGAUCGUGCCGCUGCUGAAGGCGGAGGGCUUCGCCGUGAAGGCGCUGUGGGGCCGGACGCCGGAGGAGGCGGAGGAGCUGGCCAAGGAGAUGAGCGUCCCUUUCUACACCAGCCGCAUCGACGAGGUGCUGCUGCACCAGGACGUCGACCUGGUCUGCGUCAACUUGCCGCCGCCCCUCACCCGGCAGGUGGCCGUCAAGACCCUGGGCAUUGGAAAAAAUGUCAUCUGUGACCGAACGGCGACUCCCCUGGAUGCUUUUAGGAUGAUGACCGCGGCUCAUUAUUACCCAAAGCUCAUGAGCAUCAUGGGGAAUGUUCUGCGCUUCCUGCCCGCCUUCGUGAAGAUGAAGCAGCUGAUCCAGGAGGGUUACGUAGGGGAGCUGCUGGUGUGCGAGGUACAGGUUCACAGUGGAAGCCUGCUGGGCAAGAAGUACAACUGGAGCUGUGAUGACCUGAUGGGAGGUGGGGGCUUGCACUCGGUUGGCACCUACAUCAUCGACCUCCUGACCUUCCUCACCAGCCAGAAGGCCGUGAAGGUGCACGGGUUGCUCAAGACCUUCGUGAAGCAGACGGACCACAUCAAGGGGAUACGACAGAUCACCAGCGAUGACUUCUGUACGUUUCAGAUGGUCCUGGAAGGCGGCGUGUGCUGCACGGUGACGCUCAACUUCAACGUCCCAGGGGAGUUCAAACAAGACAUUAUUGUGGUGGGUUCAGCAGGACGGCUGAUUGUAAUAGGCACUGAUCUCUACGGACAGAGCAACAGCUCUCCUCAGCGGGAGCUCCUGCUGAAGGACUCCACGCCAGUCAGCAACUCCUUACUUCCAGAGAAGGCCUUCAGUGACAUCCCAUCCCCCUACCUCCGGGGCACCAUUAAGAUGGUUCAAGCUGUCCGGCAGGCAUUUGAGGACCAGGACGACAGGAGGACCUGGGACGGGAGGCCCCUCACGAUGGCUGCCACUUUUGACGACUGUCUGUAUGCCCUGUGUGUGGUGGACACCAUUAAAAAGUCAAACCAGUUGGGGGAGUGGCAGAACAUUUCAAUCAUGACCGAGGAGCCAGAACUGAGCCCGGCAUACUUAAUCAGCGAAGCCAUGCGGAAGAGCAGGAUGUCUCUGUACUGCUAGCUCCUCUCAGCUCCUAGGAGAGAAUAGGAACCCGACAGCUCUUAAAGGAAAUAGUAAUUCAGCCCCUGUGAAGGGCCCGGGCAUGUUAGAAACAGCUGAGGAUACGGUGUUUGGAUCAACUAAAUCUGUUGGUGGCUAAAUGCCAAAGUGAUAAGGUCCUUAGAAAUGCCCAAAACAGAUAGGAAACUUAAGAGCUGACAUAAAGUAACUGUUUUAAUAACAGUAUUAGCUGGCUGAUUGGAAAGAUAUAUCAUGGACUCAUCUCCUGCUUGCAGGUGCUUUAGAUUAUCCAAUUGUGUUUACUGUGAAAGGUUGGGAAGAUCCUUUUAGAUUUUCCUUACCUACCAGAGGGCUGUGAAGGUACUGUCAUGUCAUUAAAUUUUCUGUAGUGUCUGACAUGAAUGGUUCCUCCCAUGACAGCUGACGCCGCCGUGCUGUAGUACUACACCUCUAACCAACACACAGAAUAAUAGGACUUGGUGGGGAAGUCUGGUGUGAUAUGGAAAAUCUCGGCAGCUCACUUUUCAUAUCGCUUGUUAGGAGCUUCUCUGUGUUGGUUUAGCUAGUUGUUUUUUGUUUUGUUUUGUUUUGUUUUAUUUAAAGCACAACUAAGUAGGAAAAUGUGUGGCUUUUAAAACAAAGCAGUCCUCGACCACAGUGCAUAUUCCCUGGUAUUGGGGGAGGGAGGGUCUUCUGUGAGCCCCCAGUAAGCUUCAGUGUUAACAGCACCGGUUUGCUGAUUAAAAUGGGUUGUGCAGAACCUUCUUGGAUGGCAAACGGCGUGACGCAGUAGUGACAGUGGGUUUUGUUAUACAGCUAAACUCAGGCUAGUGUUAUGAAGGUGUACACACAAUUCCCUGCGUCUGGGACUGACUUUUGAGUGAAUUCAUCUUGUGUUUCGGUUUCAGGUGGAAAGCUGUAGAAAUUCAACCCAAAACCGUAGGAUGCUGAGACGGGCGGUGUUCUUUUAAACCUUUGUGAACUUGCACUUGAGAGAUGCAUAGUGACAAUUAAUUUCAUAUAGCUCAACCCAGAAGCUUUCACCUCCACCAAGUGGUGAGUGUGAGUGAAAAAAAAAACAAAAAGGGAUGAGAAAAUUUCCUGUCCAUUUCCAAGAAAAAAAAUUAUGUAAAACCCCCACCUCUUCACCUCCUUAAAGUGGCCAGCUACUGGUACUGUAGUCAUCAUUCCCUGUCAGCAGUGCAGGGGUGGACAAACUCUUUUGAUGUUUGUCAUGUUCUUCUUUUUAAUAUUUUAGAUUGCAGUCUUGAAAUAGUAUAUUCUUUCGAGAAUAUAUUCUCGAAAGAAUAUAGUGACAGGCACAUGAAUUAUCCCGGUAAACAGGGAUACUGCUUUUCUGCAUAAAGCUGCUCCAGUGCUUAUGUGUUUACAGCGCUAGGUCCUCAGAUAGGAAAAAAAAAAGUAGAACACAAGCAUAAUAGCACUAAAUUAUAUUAAACUUGAGAAAAACCUUUUCAGGGUUUUUUGUUAAUUUUGACUAGGGGAAAGAAGAUGAUGGGCAGUAAAUUAAAAAAGAAAAUAUUACCCUCUUUCUCAAGGUUACCGCAUUAGUGUUGCCAUUUUAGGUUAGAAAGAGAACUGCCAGAAUAAUUUAGAUUUUUUUUAAAAAGCACUUGCUGUUUUGCUAUUUUUAGGAGCGCUAAGGGCUUUUCUAGGGCUUCUCCUACAAAUGACUCCGUGUGAUUGCUGUGUGCUCCUGCCUGUCCUAUGCCCAGUCGUAGAGCUUCAUGGUUUUGAUCAGGAGGGCAUCAGUAGGGUGGUUCAUCUCAUCUGACUUUAGCCGGCUGAAAGUCAGGUGUCUUGUCCUGAUGCACUGUGCAAGGGCACAGCAGUCCACGCGGAGAGACCUCUCCAAAGGCUGACUCAGGUAAUCCUGAGACUCAUAUAGAAGGAGAUGCCCAUUGGAAAUUCCUGUCCUCUUCCUCCUUUGCAGAGAAUCUUGGCUUCUAAAUUUUUAGGUGGCUAAAGUUAGGAAACUUGACUCCCACCCCAAAAUUAUUAAUGUGUGCUCAAUUUUUG